AUCUAGGUAAAAAUGCCACAUAUUUUGUGAAUGGCUGUGAAUAAGUGGCAUGUGGGAAUCCUUGCACUCUUAGCUAUGACUUCGAGUGAUAGAGUUCGGAGCUGCCACGCUUGAAUCAUGGAAGGAUCUGCUCAUACAUCAUCAACAACUUGGCAGUACAAGGACACGAAUUCUGUUAUAUCAACAGAUUAUUUCUACUCUUGAUUCUCUGGUUACAUCACAUGCUGUCUUCAGUCUUUUUGAUGCAAUUUUGCUACGUCAUAAGUAAACUAUAUCAUCCCAACUGAACGAAUAUGCUGUAUAUAUUAAGCAUUCGUCGUCUAUAUUAUUUCUGAUAAGUUUGUGGGUAGGGUGGGGUAUGUUUACUAGCGGCCUCGGCUCGUUAAGAGCUCCAGCUAGCUCGUUUAGCUCGCGAGCCGAUGCAUCACAAAACAACAGAGUAGGAAAUAAGAGCAGAUCAAAAAUUGAACUAUGGAUCCGCCUUUGAGAUCAGUUGAUUGGGAUUGGAAAGAAAAUUGAUCUGUACACACACGAUGAAACACAUAAAAAAAAGACCCCUAAUAUCUGCAUCCAAAAAAAUUAUGACUGGAGAAAUCGAGCAAGAGAAGAACACGGAGUACCAAGCGGACCAAAAAAUGUUACUGCACACGGCUCCCUUUUCCUCUUUCCUUCUGCUUCUAUGCUCUUCCUCCUCUUGCUAGCACCGGCGCUGACUGAAUGGAAGAAACCGAGGCAGGCAAGCAGCGAGAAGAGGAAGAGAGCGAAAGGGAGUCACCGCGGCGGCGCAGCAGCCUGCUGCCUCCAGGAGCCGCGCCUUCACUAGCGCCCUGGCUCGUGGCAGCGCGAGAUGUGCGCUGCAGGCUGCCGCCUCCGCGCGCCUUUGCUUGCGUCUUUGGCUUGUGGGUUGUGGCGGCGGGGGACAGGAAAAGGAGACGGAGUGCGCGAGGGGAGACGAUCGGGUCUAGACCUAACCUGUUUGGUGAGUUAUUGGCCGAUUGGGCUUCUUGGCCGCUUGUUGGGCUGCUGGGCUUCUACUGCUGGCCUCAAGUUUUUGAUAUGCUCGAUUGGUGAAUUGUAAUGUUCAGCAUGAUAUAUUCAAAUUAUCUUUUGAAGAAUUGUGAUGUUCAAUUUAGCGAUGAAAAACUGUGCAAAUUCAAGGUACCCUUAAGGUGCACAUUUCCCAUGGUUUUGUGCAGUGGCAUUGCUCUACAAAUAAAAACAUUUCCAAAACAAGCAAGAGGUUUUAACCAAGAAUAAUCUGUGCAAACUGAUCUACUCCCUCUGACCCAAAAUAUAAGAGGUCUACGAGCUGACACUUUGACUAGCAUUUUCUAUGAAAAUAUAAUAUGUCAAAUAAAAAUAAUUAUACAUUAUGAAUGCACUUUUCAUGAUGAAUCUAAACAGCACCAAGUUUAUAUUUUCAAGCUAUAUAAGUUUAUCAUAUGUUGACAAUCAAAGCUAUAAAAGUUUGGCUGACAUGAAUUCUAAUAUGACUUAUAUUUUGGAUAGGAGCGAAUAUUGACGAUCUGUGCAGAACCUUUCUUAUCAGUAGACUAUUUAUAUUGUUCGAUUACAUAUUCUUUUGUAUUCAUUACAUGUACUGGUUAUUUGCAAUCUACGUAAAAAUGCCACAUAUUUUGUGAAUAUCUGUGAAUAAGUGGCAUGUGGGAAUCCUUGCACUCUUAGCUAUGACAUAGAGUGAUAGAGGUACGUACAUACGAAGUUACAUAUAUACAUUCCAAUUAAAAUUCAGUAGAUUUUUAUUGCCAGAUGUACAUUCCGUUUAUAUAUAAUAACUGAGGAGUUUCUGAAUCCUGGUCAGUUGAUUCGUGUACAAAUAAUCAUACAUUAUGUUAUUGGUCUUGGCGCUGGUGGUUUGGAGCUGCCAUACUUGAAUCAUGGAUCUCCUCAUACAUCAUCAGCAACUUGGCAGUACAAGGGCACAAAUUCUGUUUUAUCAACCGAUUAUUUCUACUCUUGAUUCUUUGGUUACAUGGUGUCUUCGGUCUUUUUUCUGUCAUUUUGCUAUGUAAUAAGUAAACUAUAUCAUCAAAAUUGAACAAAUAUGUUGUAUUGAGCAUUCGUUGUUUUAUCUUUCUAAUAAGUUUGUGGGCAGGGUGGGGUAUCUUGCAAUUGGAUAUUCCCAUUUUUCAAAUAAUAUAAUCCAAAUAAAAGUAACAUGAUGCUCAGAAUAGGUACAAAUUGCAUGCCUUAGGUGCUUCUUCAUUUGGCAAAACCUCUACCAUCUACAGGAAUCAGAAAGUGGAGAUCAGCUCUCAGGAAAAAAAUUCUCUACAUCCGGCUGCAGAGAAGCGGCACUGCAGCCUGGUGCCGAUUCGUGACACGCGUCCAGUCCACGCAUCUUAAAGCAACGGAGCUCCCAAGCCCAUUAACCUCGGCUCGGCUCAAAGAAACAGUUUAUUCGUAUCGUUUUCUCGUUUAUGCAGAACAGAAAGACACAAUCACGGAAUAGAAACUAGGGGCCUAGGGCAGAAAAAAAAAACAACAACGCAGCGCCGCCGCCACGAUCGUUGCCUCUCCUGCGUUGCUUCGUAGCCAUCCGCACCUCCUCCUUCAAGAUAAAGGAAAAGGACACGAGCACAUGGCAGGACAAGAGGACGUGGCAACACAAUCUGGGCUUCCUUCUGCACAUGAAAACACCGCAGUAAUAAUUGAGGAUCACGAAGCCAACGAGCAGCGGUUACAAUCUCUUAUGCUCCCUUUCGCAUGUGAAGACUCUGCAACCAUUGGUGAUCAUAGAGCCACUGAUCAGCAGAAAACACAGACACUGCACACAACAUCAUUGACUAUUGGUGAAAAUGCUCAAGGCGAUGACAACACAAUCCCUGAAUCAAUGGCAUGUCAGGCUAAUGAGCAUGGGCCAACUGUGAUCGUUCCUGAAGUUGGAAUGUCUUUUGAGUCCGGAGAAAGUGCAUAUGAGAUGUACAACACAUAUGCCGGUAUGGUUGGGUUCAGUAUCAGAAAACAUGACACAAAGCGUAGAGCGGAUAAAACAAUGUCAUCAAAAGUGAUAGUUUGCAGCCAACAAGGGCAUGGAGAUGCUAGUUCAUCAAAGGGCAGUUCAAGGACAGGUUGCAAUGCUCGUGUUUUGUUCAGUAUAAGCAGAGAGGGAAUUUGGACAGUGCAACAUGUUGAGCUUGAACAUAAUCAUUAUAUGGCUAGUCCAGGUAAGACACACAUGUUGAGAUCCCAGCGGCGGGUUAUGGAAGCUGACAGAAAACUCAUUAGUCAAAUACGAGAAGCCGGGAUGAAGCCGUCACAAGUGUACGAAUUUAUGAAACAAUUCUAUGGUCGCGCUGAAAAUGUUCCAUUCUUGAAGAUUGAUUGCUGUAAUGAAAUUGGUCGCGAACGGAAGAAGUAUUUAGAAUGCAAUGACGCACAAACUUUGUUGGAAUACUUGAAGAACAAGCAGAUGGAGGAUCCCACAUUUUUUUAUGCCAUUGAAAUAAACAAAGAAAAUGGACGGAUAACCAAUUUUUUUUGGGCUGAUGGUCAGUCUAUUAUGGAUUACAAAUGCUUUGGUGAUGCUGUGUCAUUUGACACUACAUUUCAAACAAACAAAUUUGAAAUGCCUUUUGCUCCACUACUUGGAACCAACCACCACAAGCAGACAAUCAUUUUUGGUGCAGCAUUGUUAUUUGAUGAAACUAUUCCCUCAUUUAUCUGGCUCUUUGAAACUUUUUUGACAGCAAUGUCGGGUAAGCACCCAAGCACUAUUUUCACUGAUCAGGAUGCAGCCAUGGCAGGAGCAAUUGCUUAUGUAUUCCCAAAUACAAGUCAUCGUCUUUGUUUGUGGCACAUUUAUCUUAAUGCUGCAAAACAUCUUAGUCAUGUAAUUAAUAAGCACCCUAAGAAGUUUUUACCUGCUUUCAAAAGUUGUGUCUAUGAAGAUAGAUCAGAGGAGUGUUUUGAAGAAAAGUGGAAUAAAUUGUUGACAGACUACAGCCUGCAAGAGAAUUCAUGGAUGCUAAAUUUAUAUGAUUUAAGAAAAAAGUGGGCUGCAGUUUAUCGUGAUUCUUUUACAGCUGAUAUGACGACAACCCAAAGGAGUGAAGGUAUGAAUAAUGUCUUUAAGAAAAGAUUCCGUAGGAAACUUGGUCUUUCUGAACUCAUUGUGGAAUGUGAAAAGGUUUCUGCUUCUCUUCGUGGAAAUGAGUUGUAUGAAGAUUUUAAAUCACGUACGAAGGAUCCAGUUAAGUACAUCCCAGAUUUUCCUUUGUUGAAGACAGCUGCUGAAUCUUAUACAAGAAGGAUGUAUAAAGAGUUCGAGGAAGAAUUUAAAAGUCAGUUUUCAUUUACCUGCAAGUUAGUACAAGCUGAGGGGUCUAUAUCAACAUUCAUGGUUACACAUAGGGACUCAAAUGUUGGAGCAACAGUUGUACUCAACACUACAGAUAAGACUAUUACAUAUUCUUGCAGGAAGUUUGAAUCCAUAGGUAUAUUGUGCAGGCAUGCCUUGAAAGUAUUCAAUAUGACCGAUAUUUUCAUGUUACCGUCUCAGUAUAUUCUGAAUAGAUGGACAAAAUAUGCAAAAAGAGGUUUUUAUGUUGAGAAAAAAGGAAAGGAGAAAGAAAACUUGAAAGCACAUGCCGCACGACUGUCUCGAAUGGCAACAUCUCUUGCACUGAAGUGUUCAGUGUCAAAACCACUUCUUGAUGAUUUGGAGAGAGCAUUACAGAAGCUGGAAUUGGAGGCUGAUCAUUCACUAAACAAGAUGGAAGAAACUGAUUUUCCUGUAAUUUCAAAUGACUGCAGUAUAGAUACAGUAAAUAGUAAAAUAUCAUUUAGAGUUCCUGAGGUAGUAAAAGGUUCAAAAAAUAAACGAGCAAAGAAUGCUGUUGAAAAGAAUACAGGGAAGAAAAAGGAAAAGUUCUUCUGAUAAAGGGAAAGGUUCACGGAAAAUAGACCAAAAUACAAAACAUGAUCAGGAUCCAAAACAGUUGAAUACAUCUUUUGAUGAAAGUAUUGGUGCUAAUAUGACAGUACACAAUGUUGUAACCAAUGAUGUGUAUGCGGAUUUUCCAGCCAUGGUUGCUCUAUUGAUGCCAGGAGGAUAUACAAGCCUUUUACUUGGAGUUGAUCAAGAAGCAUCAGCUGCUCGAAAAUUGCAUUUUGAUGAAGCACAUAAGCAGUAGACACUCUUUGUAAAUUUCGAUGUAACUGGAGCUGUAAUAAUCCAUUUCCGUUGUUUUUGUGACAAUAGAAAUCAGAACUGAUCACUACAGAAAAUUGAUCACUGGCUAAUAAAGAGUAUAGAGGUUACAGACCAAA